AUGCCUGCUUUCCCGCAACAAUUCACCUCAACCGUCUCGCACUGGCAGCAGACUGACCGCGGCCCCACGUCGCUGUGGAAUCAUGGGCGAGAUGCACCACUGCCAACCGAGGUCGUCGACUAUGUCAUUAUCGGUGCGGGCAUCACGGGCGCGUCAAUGGCCUACCAGUUGAGCCGGGCUGGCGGUGCAGCCGAUGGCAAGUCGGUUGUCAUCGUAGAUGCGAAGGACGUGGCAUCGUGUGCUUCUGGACGUAACGGCGGCCACGUUCCACAGCAGACCUGGCACAUGCUUGGAUACUGGAUGGCGCCGCUGUCCGCAGGCGGAGGGGGUCUGACACUUGAGGAGGUGGUUGAGAUCCUCAUGUUUGAGCAGGAGAAUCUGGAGCUUGUGGAGAGCAUCAUCAACAAAGAAGGAAUCGAUGCCGACUUCAAGAAAGCCACGCGGUACGAAGUUCUAAUGUCCCCAAAGGCGGCUGCGGACAAUCAGCGCCUGUACAGUCUCUUCAAGUCGGUAAUCGACAAGGAUCCAAAGUACAUGGGCCGCAAGUUUGAUCUCACACGGGUUAACGGGGCACUCGCGGUCAACAAGGUGGUUGCUGGGUCGUGGCACCCACACCGUGGUGUGUCGGCGUUGAUGCGCCUAGCUCUGGGGUCGACCGUCUCCGACGUCAAGUUCUUCUCGUGGACGCCGGUCGCAGCACUGGGCGAGAAUGCCGAUGGCACCAUCUCUGUCAACUGCGGCGACCGUGGAAUCAUCACAGCCCGCAAUGUCAUCGUCGGGACGAGUGCGUAUACCCACCAUAUCCUGCCCGAGCUCAAGAGCAUACUCACGGGGACGCGCAUUCAGGCAGGACUCGUGGUGCCGCCCGCAACAUACAGUGGCGAUCAGGCUCUGGAUGGGACGUACGCAAUUGAAAGGUCAACGUAUUUGAUCCAGACACCCUCGUCGGGGCUGGUCUUCGGACCCUACAACUCUGCUGUGUAUCGCAACGGCCUUUCAAAAGCGUCGGAGAUGUACGGGACCGAGGACGACAGUGUGGUGACUCCCUCCUGGCGACAGUGGAUGGCCGAGUACUGCAAGAACACAUUUGCUGGGUGGGGCGAAGAAACGCCAGGUUUCGAGGGACUCACAAAGAUGUGGAGCGGAAUCAUCGACCACUCGCUCGACCAACUACCACUCGUUGGUGAGGUGCCGGGCCGCAGGGGAGUGUACUUGGCUGUGGGGUUCAGUGGCCAGGGAAUGGCCCUCAUCCCGAACAUUGCCCGUGGCCUUGCAAACCAACUCAAGACGGGAGAGUGGGACGAGUCAGUGCCGCGAGCGUUCAAGAUCACCCAAGAGCGCCUCGAUCGUAUCCGGAACGAAGCACUCCAGGUCAAGGAUUACCCCGAGACGGGGUAG